AAAAGGCAAAUACGUACAGCUUGUAAAAAGACUGUGAGGCACACACUAGUUUGUAGACACUAGCUUGGAAUCUUUGUAUAAAAUGACACUUGCUCUGUCUCCUCUUUCUUCAAGCUCCCAUAUUGUCCUCUGUUAAUAGAUAGAGAGACCACACAGACGCGCAGAGUCCCAGAGAGAGAGACAGAGGCAGAGAGCGGAGAGAGAGAGAGAGGCAGAGAGAGAUGGCUUGGUGCACAACAAGAUGUAAAUGGGUGGUAGUUUGCGCUCUUCUAGUGGCUCAUCAUAUUGCUGCACUAGUAGAAGAUGGUUUACUGAUCAACGGUGAUUUUGAAACUCCGCCACCAGGUGGCUUCUCCAACUUCGGCGUAUCCGACGGCCCCGCCUCGAUCCCCGGCUGGAAAACAAACGGCACUGUCGAAAUCGUAUCCUCCGGGGAAAAACAAGGUGGUAUGAUCCUCAUCGUACCCGAAGGUGAACAUGCAAUUCGUCUCGGUAAUGACGCGGAGAUAAGCCAGGAAGUGAAGCUAGAAAAAGGCUCGAUUUACUCGGUCACAUUUAGCGCGGCCAGGACCUGCGCUCAGCUAGAGUCACUGAACGUGUCUGUGCCACCUGCGUCACAGACCAUUGAUUUACAAACGUUGUAUAGUGUUCAGGGUUGGGACACGUACUCAUGGGCAGUUCAGGUCGAGGAAGAUGAUGCGCGGGUCGUGUUUAGGAAUCCUGGGAUGGAGGAUGACCCCACUUGUGGGCCCAUUAUUGAUGAUAUUGCUGUUAAGAAACUGUUUGUUCCAGAGAAAGUCAAAGACAAUGCUGUGCUAAAUGGUGACUUUGAAGAAGGUCCGUGGAUGUUCAGAAAUGCAUCUCUCGGUGUCCUACUUCCAACCAACCUUGAUGAAGAAACAUCAUCGCUACCAGGCUGGAUUGUUGAAUCCAACAGGGCAGUCCGGUACAUAGACUCUAACCAUUUUACUGUCCCGGAAGGGAAGCGCGCAAUUGAAUUGCUUUCGGGCAAAGAAGGCAUAAUUUCACAGAUGGUUGUGACCAAGCCGAACAAGGCCUACAGAAUGUCAUUUUCUCUAGGCCAUGCAAAUGACAAGUGUAAGCAGCCACUAGCAGUUAUGGCCUUUGCUGGUGACCAAGCUGAGAACAUACAUUACACUCCUAAUUCCAAUGCUACAUUUCAAACUGCUGAUGUGAACUUCACGGCCAAGGCCGAGAGGACGCGAGUUGCAUUCUACAGCGUGUAUUACAAUACAAGGAGCGAUGAUCAGACCUCGUUGUGUGGACCGGUGGUUGAUGAUGUGAGGGUGGCACUUUCAGGGGCUAGUAAAUUGAAGCUUGGAGGCAUAGUUAUAAUGUUAGCUCUAGCCUUUUCCUUGUUUGAAAUGUGAUGAGCUUGAGGUUAUCAUUUGUGGUAAUUUAUGGACACGUAGUUAUUGUGUAAUAUGGUUUUGGCAUGGAAUUGUUGGUAAACCAAAUUCCAUGUCCAUGUUGCAAUUUGCAUUACCAACCUCUUAUUAAGGCUCCAAAGAAAUGAAAUGUAGGGCUCUUUGGCUUA